CCAACUAUUUCGACACAGACAUUUGCUAACUGGAAUGCGGCUAAUGAUCACUGUGCAGAUCAAUUUGACAACCCAUCUUCUGCCGCAGGAUACAGUGCACAGAAAAUAACAAAUUUGGCUUUUACAAAUAUUCGUCGAGAGUGGACUCUGCACACAGCGAACAGUUUGUUUGUUGUACUGGUAGAUUUAACUUUCUAUGAUGAUGGAUUCAAAGGAAGAUACAAAUUAUUUCGCUGCGUCUCAAAACCGUUCAAUACGCUAAUCCUUUGUAUUGAACAUUUCAAUACGGUUUCUACAUUUUAACAUUUCGUUAUAAAUAAGUGGCGUGUUGUAUAUAUUUCCCUGUAUUGCAUUGGUUUGUUAUACAUUUAAUAUAUUUCAUUGUUCUGGCACUCAUUAAAUUCUUUUGAUCUAGUAGAGCAACCUUUUUAUGUAUCAUAUAUGUAAACGUUUAUAUUAACUCGUAUGUAUGAUGAUAAUAGCUGUUAGUGGGUACGUAAACAACUUUGCAUAUUUAAAAUCAUUUUAGGUAGUUUCAGUGGUCCACGAAUGUUUGCCUAUAUAACAAACGGAUCAAAAGAAAUAAAGUUUUCUAGCAGUUCAAGUGAGGACAGGAAGUACUUCUUAUGCGUUGGUAUCCGACCAACAGCCACAACCACGGCGUCUACAACACAAGCUUCAUCACCGACACCAAGUUCGACGAACAUACCCAGCACAUCAACGUCAUCAGCACCCUCUCCCGCAACCAAUACCACAACAGCACAAGUAACAGUGUCGACAUCGUCUAUGUUUACAUAUUCGACAACUGGCAAUACGUCAACAAGCGCUGCGCCUAAUGAAGCAUUUGCAGACUCUUCACGAGGAUCUUCAACUGCAACAACAGCAGCAGGAGUUUCAGUUGCAGUCGCACUUGCGGUAGCAGCAGUUUUGAUCGUUGUUGGUCUGAGAAAAAAAGGGAAAUUGUGCUUAGCAAUCACAAAGGGUUCAAAAUUUGAAAGCACAGACAACAAUCGCGACAUAUCGUUAGCGAGGAUAGAUUCCAAACCAAACGCAUCCUACCCUGCGUCUACACAAAACGGUUCCUUUCCCGGCCCUUCGUCAAACCCUACAUAUUGUGAACAUCAUACAAAAACUGGAACGUCUAAUGAGCUGUGUACCUCAGCAGACCCAGACGUGGACAAUGAAACCAUCAAUGGAAAACUCGGACUUGCAGAAUCAGAGGUUCACAGCUACUUUGUCCUAGAGAAAGACGGAUUUGAACAGCAGAGACAUGCAAUCACGUCCGUGCCAACAGACGUUCACGACUACUUUGUUCUAGAGAAACAGCAAUCAGCUAUUGGCAAUGAAAAUAGCGGUUCAAAAAACGAAUUGCACGCGAAUUUUGUUCAUGCAAAACAAGGUUGUCGAUCGACUCAUGAAAUGCCUUCAAACGAAGCUUAUCCUUAUUUUGUGUUAGAGAAACAGACCACGCUUAACUCAACACCAAUAAAUACAGCAUUUUCACGUGAUUUGGCUAAGGAUGAUACAGAUAUGUAUCAAGAGAUAGAUUCGAAUGACACAUACGCGGCCAUUGAUGAUUCACGAGAUGACAACAACGAUACCGAUUACACAAACAAGGCAUUUAAGCACUCAAGAACGGACUUCUCAGACAACAUAUACAACCAUCUAAACACUGCUGGCGACGAUUAUGAUCAUGUUGGCAAAGUACACAACUAACUUUAAAGCAAUAGCAAAUGCCUAUGACGUUACGUCUAGUGCAGUGCAAAUAUAAACAAGGCUACGAACACCAACUUCCCGUAUGUUAUAUCACGGAAUUCAGAAAGUCAAAAAAUCAAAAAGGCAAAUUGCCAAACUUAAUUAAGCAUUUUUGAAUUAAGGUAGUUUUAACUGCUACCUUUUCCUUCUGUUAAGAAAUUAAUAAGCAUAAAUACAAUUGUAUUGAUCGUUAAACAAAUAAUCAUCUCAAAAGCUCAUUUAGUUUGGUAUAGAAAGGAUUCAAUUGUAACACCUAAAGGCGUAUAAGCCAGUUUAUUUUUACGCAAAUUUGAUUUACUGUAACACCGGUGUAUGCUCGUAUAAAAAAGUUAAAAAAAUAGUAUGAAGCCAAGACAAAAAUUGAUUGGACAAUCUGUGUUCUCUGAACUGCACAAUCAGAAUCGGACAAUGAUCCCAUAGACUACACAAACCUUUUGUAUCGCGUACUUGUAACGACAGGGCAUGUCUUGAAUUAAAAGAAAUAGUCUGUAUUUCGUUUAAUUUGAAGAUAUGUGUAUCGCAAGUUAGACUUGAGUGAAACGGAAGCUUUCUUCAGCUUGAAGCGUGUUGUUAUUGAAUGAUCAUAUCUUAUAAACAUGGCACUACUAUAUACUUGAAUAUACAUUAAAUAUAAUUGAAAUCAUAAGGUUCAUGACAUAUUCUGUUUAACAAUCGAUCGCACUUAUAUUUCAGCAAUUUUCUAGUUGUAAUUUUUCAAAGAGCCGCUAAAGAUAUCAAAUUAACUUUAUCUGGUUGUGUUUUAGAUUAUAAACUAGCUAAAUGCUUGUUAAGUUAAUGCAUUAAGAUGAUUUCCUGUGUAUUGUGCUAUUCAUAGAUUGGCUUUUUCUUGUUGUACCAUGAUAAAUGUUUAAUAUGCUAGUACUAAACUAGCAUUUUCUAUUUAUUUACAUGUAAUACAACUUUACUUAUAAUAUAUUGUGUUGAACAAACUGAAUACUGUUCUACAUUAUACUUGUUUUCAUACAUGGUUAAUGGGACAUACUGCAUUGAUUCCACAGCUUUUCAAAAGAUAGCAUAACUUUGUUAGUGCAUGUACAUAAAUAUUCGUGUAAGUUUAUUACAGUGUUUUAUAAUUUCUUAUUGUGUUACUAUUCCUUUACAUGCAAAUAAGUGAUUGAAGUGUUUUUAUCGCAAUACAUUACCAUUUACCUUGUUAUAUAUGUACUCAAUUUAUGUAUAUAUACAUCAAUUACAUGCUUCUGCUAUCGGCUAAGCAUAGAGAGGCAAUCAUUUAAAUACGCUCAUAUGAUUACUAAUACAUCUUUAUUUGUUUUAUGUGUUAUUGGCAUGUGUAA